UCUCUCUUGGCUCGCUCGCUCUCUUUGCGUCAUACUCCUUUGCUCUUUUUUGUUUAGCUGCUGAUUUUGUGCUAUACACAGAAGAGGAAAAAGAUGUCUGUGCAGAUCACCUAUGCAGAAGUAAACAUAAAAAGAGAUGGGAAGGAGAAGGAGAAAACACGUGGCUUUAUGUCUUUAGAGAGAAAGACAGGUAAUUCUCCAGCUUCACCAAAAAUAACAAAGUCCUCCUCCAGAUGUUCUACUCUUAUGUGUACCAUGAUGAUUUUUUUAUUACUUUUAGUUAUCAUCCUGAUCAUAAUAGUUGUUUGGAAAACAGCGCACAAAAACAUACCUCAAUCAAGUCAAGAUGGCAUCUGCAAUAAUAGAAAAAAAACUGAUGAGGUAACCAGCAAUGCCAGCGAUCUGUUUCAGAGCUUCAAUAAAACAUAUCAGAGUUGUCCGUGUGACAAACAGGUGGACUUGUCAGUCUACAAGGAACAUCUGAAAAAAAUCUGUAUCAGUGAAGGGAAAAUUGCAGGCACAAAUUGCACACUCUGUCCUGUUGAGUGGCUACAACAUUUGAAUAAAUGUUAUUACAUUUCUAAGGAAAAUAAAACUUGGCUUAACAGCACAAAAUUCUGCAACUCAUUUCUGGCUCACCUUGUUAAAAUUGAGGACGACAAUGAACUGGAGUUUCUCAGAAACAAAAUGGUAGGUGCAGAAUACACUUACUGGAUUGGAUUGUGGCAACAACAUACUUAUGACGUUUGGAGAUGGUUUGAUGGCACACCACUGGAUACUCAGAAUCCUACAUUUAAAAAUUUUCCUAAUUUAGGCAAUAGACAUGCUGUCAUAACAAAGAAACGCAUUGAUACAGGAAUGCCAGCCAAUAAACGAAUGUGGAUCUGCGAGAGAGAUGCUGUGCCUGUGUAGCUGUUUCUAACAGAAAAUACAAAAGUAAUUCAGGAUUCAAGUUGGAUUACUAAAAAUCAACUUGUGUCUUUGUAAAAGAAUAACCAGAGUAUUUCAGUUUAACAAUGUAAUUAAUUUGAUUUGUACUUUCUUUUGUAAUUUUAUUGUAUAGAGCUAUUUUCAUAAUUGACUGACUCUUGUGUGAAAAUGUUAUGUCCAGAUAAUCUGUUAAGUAAACUAGUUUUUAGAGAAAAUAAAAAUCCUUUUGCUUUUUACAAAUAUACCUCAAUUUUUAUAUUCCUCCAUGAAGCAUGUACAUUAGAUUUAUUAUGUCUGGAGACACACACGUAGAUACAUUUUUAAAAUAGUAGAUCUUUUU